AUGCAGAAAUACAACGGAGAUGAUGAUAGAAUCAGCACCUUGCCCAGCGACAUUCUGGUCAACAUUCUUGACCGACUCAAUGUCCGUGAAGCUGCGAGAACCAGCAUCCUCUCCAGACGGUGGAGUCAGCUCUCUUGCAAGCUCCCCCGGCUUAUCAUAAAUGCUCAGCCUGAUGGUGUGUCUCGCUCCAACUCCAACAUCUCUGAUGGUGACUUCGUUCGGAUCAAUGCAGCUGCUGUUGAAGCGACAAAGAGCUUACUGACCCGCAGAUGUCCAGGCGAAGACACCAUCCGCCUCCUGUCUACCACCUUCUACUUGAGAGGUGAUGUCUCCAUAUCCAUUGGACAUGCUGUUGGCAGCGCCAUGACGACACAGAAGAUUGAGAAAGCCGAAGUCACAGUUUUGACAGUGAAGGAACGCCGACACUGCACUCUUGAUGAUGUGUUGAACUACGGGGCACAGUUUGUGUCAUUUUUUAAUGAGUGUCUAAAUGCAUUUACUGGUUUGACGCGCCUCUACAUGGAGAAUUUGAGGUUUGUUGAAUCUGACUUCGUCUCCAACAUCUUCGUCACUUGCAAGCGAUUAAACUACUUAGGUUUUCUCAAUUGCGACACAAAGGAGCAUUUAACACUCCAGGUUGAACACGCUCAGCUCAGUGAGCUCAGUAUGGUCAACUGCCGUUUUUACAAAGUCGAACUCAAGUGGCUCCCAAGACUCACCAGGACAACGUUCACAUGUUGGAUGGCUUUCGAAGAACUACCACUGUCAUUUGGUCAUGUCCCACUGCUCGAGUUUUUUAACAUCACAAAUGUUGGUCUUAGUCGGCACAAAAUGGUCAUGUUAAGUACAUUACUUUGUGAGACACACAUACAAGAACUGUGGUUGGGGUUUAAAUGCGAAAAGAUUUGGGUUCAACCAGAGUAUCUGAGCAAAAGGCUGGCAUCUGCGUUCUGCAGACUAAGGAUUGUCAGUCUAGUUUGCAUUCCUGAAGGGUCCGAUCUCACGUGGACAAUUUUCAUUCUGGAAGCUGCGCCAUCACUUGAGGAGUUGUACAUGUCGGUAAUUGAUCAUCCGUGUGAAAUGAUAAUUGAUCCGAAAAGGAGGAUGGAACUCUCGCUUAGCGAGAACAAGGGCGUCGAGUGGGAAUCACCUAGACCACAUUUCAAGCACCGCCGCCUUGCCAAGCUCGUCAUCUUUUGCUUUGUAAAUUACAUGGUGAGUUAUGUCAGGCGUGUCAUGAAAGCAGCGGUGAAUCUGAAGGACGUGUACCUGUAUGAUAGACUGGCAUGUAGCAAGUGCAAACACAUGGCGGUUUUUAAGCCUGGUAGGCUUCCACGGGCAAAGAAGAAGUUGGAAGCGAUGAAGAAGCUGUUGGCCCAGGGCAUCGAGUCAGCUCCCAGAAUUCACUUGCAGACCCAUUCUGAAAUGGACGCUGACCAUGCUGCAAGGGUUAAAGACUACUUAUGUUCAUGAAGAUAGCUGAAGGCUUUCAGGAAGUUCAUGUAAUAAAGGUCGGUUGGAGUAACUCUAUGACUUGUCUGGCUCUUGUUUGAUCUGCUUUUCUUUACUCAAAAGUCAGAACCACUUGGAAGUAGAAAAAUAAGAAUUACUCAA